AUAUAUCACCCACCCCUGCCCUUGCCCCUCAUUCUACACUAGUACUUACUUACUAUAUCUUCAAUUCUCUCUCUCUCUCUCUCUCUCUCUCUCUCAUUUUCUUAAAAGGCUUUUAAUUGCUACUGCUACUAUUUUUGACAGAGGUGUGGUUGUUGCUUUUACUUUUGGCGUUGUACGUUGUGGUUGUUCUUCGUCAUAUCAUCCAUGGCUGCCGAUCAUCAUCAUCAUCAUCUGGUGUUUAUUAGUAUUAUAUUAAUGUCGUGUAUGGCAGUGCCGCUCUGCCAUGGAUCAUAUCAGUUCUCUGUUUCGUGGGUCGUUAAUCCCAAGGAACCCUACAAUUCCUGGGCGGGGAGAAUGAGAUUCCAGGUUAAUGACACCAUCGGGUUUAGUUACAGUAAUCCGGCGGAUUCGGCGGUGGUGGUGAGCAAGGAUGGGUACGACAAGUGCGACGCGGCGAGUCCGAUUAAGAAACUGGGGAAUUCGGAACAGUUCAAGUUUGAUCGGUCGGGUCCGUUUUAUUUCAUCAGCGGGAUUAAGGAGAAUUGCGAUCGGGGCCAGAAGAUGAUCGUCGUCGUUAUGGCUGUUAGGAAUAAUGCUACCGGAGGAGGAGGAGGAGGAGGCUCGACGCCGCCGUCCACGUCGCCGGCUCCGUCAGGUGGUGGCGGAGGCGGCGGGGGAGGCUCGACGCCACCGUCCACGUCACCGGCUCCAUCGGGUGGUGGUGGUGGAGGUGGAGGCGGAGGCGCAGGAGGGCCCUCGACAUCGCCAUCGCCCUCCGGCGGAGGCGGAGGCGGAGGUGGAGGUGCAGGAGGGCCUUCUAGGUCGCCGGCUCCGUCCGGCGGUGGUGGCGCAGGAGGGCCGUCGACAUCUCCAUCUCCGUCUGGCGGUGGCGGAGGCGGAGGCGCUGGAGGGCCGUCGACUUCCCCGUCCCCGUCAGGCGGUGGCGGAGGCGCCGGAGGGCCAUCGACUUCUCCGUCUCCGUCUCCGUCGGGUGGUGGUGGCGGAGGCGGCGCCGGAGGGCCAUCGACUUCUCCGUCUCCGUCGGGUGGUGGUGGCGGAGGAGGCGCCGGGGGGCCAUCGACUUCUCCGUCUCCGUCGGGUGGUGGUGGCGGAGGAGGCGCCGGAGGACCUUCGAUUGCUCCGGCUCCGUCGAGUGGCGGCGGUGGUGGAGGAGGAGGCGCCGGAGGACCUUCGAUUGCUCCGUCGCCGUCGGGCGGAGUUACCUCGCCGUCUUCAUCACCGGGAGGAUCACCGCCGGGCGGAGGCGGCGCGUCACCUCCAUCCACGGGAACCGGGGGAUCAUCGCCUUCGGGAUCACCGGGCAGCGGCACUCCCGGCGGAGGUAAUACUCCGGCCGACGUUCCUCCUCCAUCCGGCGGCGGCGGAUCUUCGCCUCCGCCGCCGUCGGCUGCGGUUCAAGCCGGCAACCCUUCAUUUGUGUUGGUGAUGACGCUGUCACUUCUAUUGAGUGCGGCGUUGGGUGACAUUAUCAUUUCUCUUUAAAAUAAAUAAAUAUAUUUUUCAUUUUUAUUUUACAUCUCCAGCCCGUUGCUUAUAUAUUUCUCUGUAAUAUUUGAAUUUUAAAAUUAUUUGUGAGACAUAUAAUUCAUCUUAAUCAUAUCUUCCUUUCUUAUUUUA